UUGGAGAAGCAGGUUUAGCCUAUUUUCACACUGUACCGUUUUUGGCCAUAAUCUACCCAUGUUGAGUCGUGGCUGAACGAUGACAUGAAUAACAUACAGCUGGCGGGUUAUAAGACUGUCUCGGCAGGACAGAACAGCAGCCUCUGAUCUUACACGAUGAUGAGGAGAGGAUGUAGGCCUUCUUCAUACCCCUGUGGUAGACCCAGCUUUAGAUGCAUAUCUGCAACAUGGAUAGUUGUUCUCAAAUCAUGAUAUGAAGAAAAAGCACAAACGAGGCAUGCUAAAAACUACAUGGCGACGAUCAGUGGCGGCUGAGCUGGAUGAGCUGGGUCUCUCAUGGGACAGGGCGCAAGCUGUGGCCAAAGACAGACUCCAGUGGCAGAAGAUUGUUGCAGCCUUAUGUCCUACCCGGGAAGAAGAGGACUAAGUAAGUCCUCCAGAGUAAGACGGGAGCGCUGGAGAAGAAGAGAAUCAUCUGCAACAAAGAUGAAGACAGAGAGGGAUGAGUAGCAGGAAGAAAGGGCCAAAUGGAGGAAAUGGAGUGAGCAUGAUGACAGACAGGAUGACCAGUGAAAUGAUCAUCAGGAUCACCAUCAAAGCUAUCCCAAUGCCUCUCCAGUUACGUGGAGGACCAUGGUCCUGGAUGAGAGCUAAAUACUGUGUGGGACUCAGGCUCACAGAGGAGAAUGAGUUCUGCGGAGGAGAGAGAGGACCAUGAUAUGUACUGUGAGAAGGCGGUAGCCCUCAUCAUUGACCUCUGUCUGGACGACAGCCCACUGUUGCAGCCCAAUACCUGCCAGGACUUCAUCACACUGCUAGCCACCAACCAGAACCCAAACUCUGCAGGGUCAGAUCUCUCCUUCAGCCUCCUGCUCCUGGUGUUUGUGGCCUGUGGCCUGGGCCUGCUGAGCGUCAUCGUCUUUGCCUCCUGGAAGCUGUGCAGGGUGCACUGGCGCACCAAGGACCUCUCCUCCAGUGCCACUGCCCUCGCCCCCCCCUCCUCUGCCUCUGACAGACCCUACGACAGAGCCUUGCCCGCACACGGCCACAGGCCUACACUCGUACACGCACACACGCACACACACGCCAUGGCGUCGGACAAGCAGAAUCCUUUGGACCCGGCAAGUUUCCUAGAGGCAGCUGUGAAGAUCAGCCACACGUCACCUGACAUCCCUGCCGAGGUGCAGCUGUCCAUGAAGGACCACUUCCUGCGCCGCACGCGUAUGUCCAGGCAGACCACCGAGCCCAACUCCUCCAAUAGGCACAGCUCCUUCAAGAAGCACCUCCCCCGACAAAUGCACCAUGUCACCAGCCUUGACCGAGGCAGCGACUUCCCCUAUACAGAGGACCAAUCCACCAGCCUAGCCAGUUUGGGCCGCAUCCAGCCAGAGCUGUACAAACAGAGCCCACUGGAGGCCGACGAGUCCUCCAAGAACUGCGCCGCCGCCAAGACCUGUGGUAAGAUCAACUUCUCCCUCAAGUACGACUACGAGUCUGAGGCUCUCCUCGUCAACAUCCUCAAGGCCUUCGACCUGCCCGCCAAGGACUUAUGCGGCAGCUCCGACCCCUACGUCAAAAUCUACCUCCUGCCUGACCGCAAGCGCAAGUUCCAGACCCGCGUCCAUCGCAAGACGCUCAACCCCAUGUUUGAUGAGUCCUUCCAGUUCACCGUGCCCUACGAGGAGCUGGGCAGCAGGAAGCUGCACCUGAGCGUAUUUGACUUUGACCGCUUCUCCCGCCACGACAUGAUCGGAGAGGUCAUUCUGGAGAAUCUGUUUGAGGUGUCGGACCUCUCCCGUGAGAUGGCCAUCUGGAAGGAUAUUCAGUACGCCACCUCUGAGAGUGUAGACCUGGGGGAGAUCAUGUUCUCUCUCUGUUACCUGCCGACCGCAGGCCGACUCACCAUGACCGUCAUCAAGUGCAGGAACCUCAAGGCCAUGGACAUCACAGGAUACUCAGACCCAUAUGUCAAGGUCUCCCUGGAGUGUGACGGACGGCGCUUGAAAAAGAAGAAAACCACCAUCAAGAGGAACACUUUGAACCCCACCUAUAACGAAGCUAUCAUCUUCGACAUCCCCCCUGAGAACAUGGACCAAGUCAGCCUGCACAUAUCCGUCAUGGACUAUGACUUGGUGGGACACAAUGAGAUCAUAGGUGUAAACAGAGUGGGCAGUCAUGCAGAGGGACUGGGCAGAGACCACUGGAACGAGAUGUUGGCCUAUCCACGCAAGCCCAUCGCUCACUGGCACUCUCUACUGGAGGCAAGCAAGUCUCAGAAAGAGUGGAAAACCCGCACUGCAAGUUUUGACAGCCAAGGCUCUUGCCCUUCUCCAAGACUCCUGUCUAGUCCAUGAGGGAGGAGCUAGAGUUUAUGCUCCACGACUCUACAAAGCCUGCCCUGUAGCAAGGCCUGAAAUAUGGAGUGUCCCAGACCCAGACCCACACAUGUUGUGCCUCAGAAUAUGUAAAGUGCAGUAAAUUGCUCUGGAAUGACAUUAUCUCGCCAUCGCAUACCCACACACAUACACAAACACAUUUCUCUUGUGCCCUCUUGGACAGCCACUUUGUCAUGGUACGUAUAGCCUAGUGUAUACUGACUGGGUCUGGUGGGAUCAUUGUUAUUGCAACAAUAGUUUUGCAGUUGAGCUCAGCCUGGUUUGGUUAUACACCUGAGGUUAACAUCUUUGUAUAUAUGUAAUGCCCUUUGAUACUGACAUCAAUAAUAGCACUGUAUUUAGAAUCACAUGUUUAUGAUAUUAUCAACAUGACUAUCCCCCUGAAUUUACUUUUCUGUUUCAAUUGUCACCUGUGAAGUGUUUGCCAAUAGUCUCUUGUUCAGGCAAUGUCAUGUACUUUGUUGAGGGUGUUGGCUUGACCUUUGACCCCUUUGCCUCAUUAGCCUUGUGAUAAGUGCUUGAAUUAAUGACUUUCCUCUGUUUUUUCCAAGCAAUUUAGAGUAUCUUUCCACUUUUGUAUUGAACAUGUGUAUUUGUAACAUAACUGUUUCCAGGCGUCCCUUGUAUUUUAAAGAAGUGAUAAUAAAGUUGUCGAUUCUGGUUCUAACAUUCCAA